UCUCUCUCUGUUUCUCUCUCUCUCUCAUGGGUUUGAUUCGAAUCCUAAACCCUUCUCCAUUGAUCGCCGGGGCCCGCCGCGGCGGAUUAGAGCGGCGGCGGAGAAGGAACCCUAGCCCUAACCCUAGCCGUGGCCUUUUCAUGGCGUCGGCGCUCCCCGUGGAGGAGCAGGAGGCGCAGAGCCGCCGCGUCACGGGCGACUCCUUCAUCCGCCUCCACCUCCGGAAGCUCAAACCCUACCAGCCGAUCUUGCCCUUUGAGGUUUUGUCUACUCGCCUUGGAAGGGAGCCUGAGGACAUCAUUAAGCUUGAUGCGAAUGAGAAUCCAUAUGGCCCACCUCCAGAGGUAGCUGUAGCUCUGGGAAAUCUGAAAUUUCCUUAUGUAUAUCCUGACCCUGAGAGUCGCCGCUUGCGUGCUGCUCUUGCUGAAGAUUCAGGCCUUGAAUCUGAGUAUAUACUUGCUGGCUGUGGUGCAGAUGAGCUAAUUGACUUAAUCAUGAGAUGCGUUCUUGAUCCGGGCGAUAAAAUUGUAGAUUGCCCUCCGACAUUCACGAUGUAUGAAUUUGAUGCUGCAGUGAACGGUGCACUGGUCAUUAAAGUUCCUAGGCUGCCAGAUUUUUCCUUAAAUAUUCCUCAGAUCGUUGAAGUAGUUGAGCAGGAAAAGCCAAAAUGCAUCUUCCUGACAUCUCCCAAUAAUCCAGAUGGAAGCAUAAUAAAUGAUGAAGAUCUCUUGAAGAUCCUUGAUCUUCCAAUAUUGGUUAUACUGGAUGAAGCUUACAUUGAAUUCUCCGCUAUAAAAUCGAGGAUGGAUUGGGUAAAGAAGCAUGACAACUUGAUUGUUCUCCGAACAUUUAGCAAAAGAGCAGGUUUGGCUGGGCUUCGUGUGGGAUAUGGAGCUUUUCCUUUAAGCAUUAUUGAAUAUUUAUGGCGAGCGAAGCAGCCAUAUAAUGUUUCUGUAGCAGCAGAAGUUUCUGCGUGUGCCGCCUUGAAAAAUUCUGCUUAUUUGGAGAGAGUGAAAAACUCACUAGUGGAAGAAAGGGAAAGGCUGUAUAAUCUCCUGAAGGAUGUACCUUUUCUAAAGCCAUAUCCAAGCCACUCCAAUUUCAUUCUCUGCGAGGUCACAUCAGGAAAAGAUGCUAAGAAAAUAAAGGAGGACCUAGCACAGAUGGGUGUGAUGAUCCGGCACUACAACAACAAAGAACUGAGGGGCUACGUUCGCGUCUCCGUCGGCAAGCCCGAACACACCGAUGCCCUAAUGAAAUGCCUCAAUCUUCUGCAAUAAUAAAUUGUGCGCCGACUUUAUAUCUCUUGCUUGCAAUUUCAAUGCAAUAAUAGUCGCCUUCAGCUUAAAAGUUCGUCAAUCUCGAAACGUAGGAAGAUAUUGUACCAGUAAUUUAUCCUCUUCCAAAAUGUACAAGGAAUUGAUUCGCAUUUUCAGGGUGUUAUAAUUGUUUGUCACUGUGGUUAUUUGUGCAU